UUUUCUCAUACUUACUCAAGUAGAGUUAGGUACUUGUCUUCUUCAACUUCAGAGUACUUUUCCUUUUCUUUUUGGAAAAUUUGCCCAAAAUAACACGAACUUUGGCCGGUUCGCCAAUAAUAACACCACCUUUGAGUUAUCCCAAAAUAACACCAACUUUGGGGGGCGUCUUCCAAAAAUGGUACAAAAAAAAUGGUAACCGGAUUUAGGAGGUAAUAUUGCUGACGUGUGUUAUGUUUUUGCCAGGUUGUGCGUUGCUUCCCCUUAACCAUCCAACGUGUAAUUAAAUUUUACACACCUAACUCCUGUCUCCCUCUUUAAUUCAUUUCCCUCCAUAUUUCACUCUCUUUCUUCGUCUUCCAACCAUUUUAUCAGAGAAUCUCAGAGCAUAUUCAAUUCCUCAUUUCGUCAUUUCCCUUUGAAAUAAUCAGAACUCAAUUCCGAAAUUCUACUGCUCCCAAAGAAAAUUGCAUUGAAGUGAAGUGAAGAGAAGAGUGAAAAAGUUGUGAUCUUUGGUUCCCAAAAUGCCCAGAAAGACGAAGAAGAAAGGGUCUGCUGCAAAUACUCAUGUUUUUGAUAAUGUGACUGUUCGAUUCUGGUAUGGGGGUCAAUUUAAGCAUGUUCGUAAUGGUGAAAUGGUGUAUAAGGGUGGGAGUUGUAGUAACUUUGAUGUUGACCCAGAUGAACUUUGUUACUGGGACUUAAGGGAUUAUGGUAGUAAGUGUGGGCUUGCUCAUGUGGAUGCUUUGUUUUACCAAAUGCCUGGGUUAAAUAUUGAGAAAGGUUUGAGAAAAAUUCAAGGGGAUGCUGAGGUGUUAGAGAUGGGUAAGUUAGCUGUUGUAAAUAGGAGUAUUGUUGUGUAUGCAGUUCAGUUUGAGAGAAAAGUGGGAGAAGGUUCAAAUGCUGAAGUUGUGGAAGUUGAUGUGGGCAACACAAGUCAGAAAAGUACUUUGUUGAAUUCUGACCCCAAAGUUACCAUAUCCAAAACAACAGGCAAGGUACUUGAGAAACCCCCACCCAAACUGAACAAAAGAAAAAAAAUUGACCCCAAGGAAGGGACCACAAACACAGGUGGUGAAACCCUCAUUGACUGAAGAAGAUGCUUCCACUUCACCUAUAAAAGCAUCUACCACAUCACCCAAAAAA